AUGUAGCAAAAUUAUAGCUAUACCAAAAUCAAAUGUCUAUUUAAAGGAUAUGCGGGAAAAGUCUUUUUAAUUGAAUAAAGGUCUGAAAACGAUCCGCCUAAUAAGCAGACAGUCCCCUUAGUAUUAAAAAGAUAUUACAGAAAGGCAUCAGAUCCUGAAAACCAUACCAAUCUGAUUGAAUAUCAAUUAUUGACAUCACUCCAACAUCCAAAUAUAAUAAAUAUCGUAGAUGCGUUUACGGAACAGUAUGAAUACAAAAAAUAUCUAUGCCUUACUAUGGAAUAUAUGGCACCUCUACAUGAAAUAAUAGGAAAUCUCAAAGAUUAUUAACUCUACAUUUUUAAAGAAAUCUGCUAAGCUGUGAGUUAUUUGCAUAGCAAUAAUAUUUUACACAGAGACAUAAAGCCAAGCAACAUACUUGUUACUACUCAAGGAAGAGUCAAAUUGGGAGAUUUUGGGAUCUCUACUAAAAUCAGGUAGUCUAUGACACCUUAGACCUGCACUAAGAACUAUAGGGCUCCUGAACUAUUCUUUGGAUUAAAAGAAUAUGACCAUUCUAUCGAUAUUUGGUCCUUGGGUUGCACUUUAAUAGAAUUGUUCACUGGCAAAAUGUUGUUUAAUGGUACCUCUGAAAUAGAAAUAAUGUCUUAAAUAGCAGAACUCUUAGGAAGUGUCAAUGAAUAAAAUUGGGAAGGAGUCUCUCAAUUGCCAAUGUUCUUGGAAUUCGUCUAUGACAAAUAACCUCUAUUGGAUAAGGUGAUUGGGAGAUUACCCAUACAAGUACAAUCACUUGUAAUUAAAUUACUACAAUUAAAUCCAAAAGGCAGACUCAAAAUUAAUGAAAUCUUAUCGAUCCAGAGAACUAUCAUAUAUUGCACAGAAUACUUUAAGAGGCAAGCAAAUGAACUAAAUUUAAAUUAUUAUAUGAAUUUCGAUUAUCCUAAAUUUGAGUUUUAAACUCUUUAAAAGGCAAUAUUUGUGAGAACAUAUCACAAACACAAUUCUAGUUAAUCUGCAUAAGGACAUAAUGUUCGAGAUGCCCAAGGCUCUAAAACCAGUUUUACUAAGGUGGGAUAAGAAUCCCUAAGACAAUGGGAUUUCUUUUCUGAUCCCUAUAGUCUACCUGAUAAAUGUUUAUAUAGUCUAUAAAAGAUAUCUAAAACUGAAUCAUCUGAAUUGGAUUUUGAUAGUCUUGAUUUUAUGUUGAGAAAAAACACAGAGAGACAUAGUUCAAAAUCAUUUUAAUCGUUGAAUUAAGAAACUCAUUCUGAAAAAUUACUGGGUAAAAAAGUUCACUUUUCUAAUUCUGUUUCAGUAAAAAAUGAUGAUGGAAGCGAAUCUGAAGAUCUUAUGAGGAUAUCAUCAAGAUAAAAGACAAGAAAAAGCAACUUCUCUAAGAAAUUUUAGAUGUCAUUUAUACAAGAUUGA